AUGUCUAGUCCACCUUCACCUAGAACAACAACUUUAACUGUUCAGAUCGCAGCCAUGCGUGACAAUUUUGAAAGAUUGUUAAGAGAACAAGGUGAACAACUUCAACAAAGAAUUGAUGAGUUGGAAAGGAGACCCCAAAAUUCUAAUGAUGGUAGUGGUGAUGAGGAGGAAAGAAGACGUAGAAGGAGACAAGGGGGAGAUAAUUUGAGGGGCAUAAAAAUUAAAGUUCCAACUUUUGUUGGGAAGAGUGACCCGGAGGCAUAUCUAGAAUGGGAGACUAAACUUGAACAAAUUUUUAAUUGUCACAAUUAUUCUAAUCUUGAAAAAGUGCAGGUUGCUUCUAUUGAGUUCAAGGAGUAUGCCUUAGUUUGGUGGGAUCAAUUGACCAAAGAUAGAAGGAGGUAUGCAGAACGACCAAUUGAUACUUGGGAAGAGAUGAAAAGAAUCAUGAGGAGAAGGUUUGUUCCUUCCUAUUAUCAUAGGGAAUUGCACAACAAAUUGCAAAGACUCACUCAAGGUUCUAAAAAUGUUGAAGAAUAUUUCAAGGAGAUGGAAGUUCUCAAAACUAGAGAUAAUGUAGAGGAGGACGAUGAAGCAACUAUGGCUAGGUUUCUCCAUGGUCUAAAUCAUGACAUUAGUGACAUAGUGGAACUUCAUCACUAUGUUGAAAUGGAUGAAUUGGUACACCAAGCUAUCAAAGUCGAACAACAACUCAAAAGAAAGAGCCAAGCAAGGAGAAAUUCCACCACUUUCAAUUCUCAAAGUUGGAAGGACAAAACAAAGAAAGAGGGUGCUUCAUCAUCUAAGGAAGCCACGGUUGAAAACAAAGAAAAUGAAGAAAUUGUUGAAGAGGAGGAUGGUGAUUAUGAUGAGGAGUUUGAAGAAGAAAUACCUAGUGGAGAUUUACUCAUGGUGAGAAGAAUGUUGGGAAGCCAAAUAAAGGAGGAGGAUACAAGUCAAAGAGAAAACCUUUUUCAUACAAGAUGCUUUGUGCAAGGAAAGGUUUGUUCUUUAAUAAUUGAUGGAGGAAGUUGUACAAAUGUUGCAAGCACGCGUCUGGUUUCUAAACUAAAAUUGGAAACAAAACCUCACCCUAAGCCUUACAAACUCCAAUGGCUUAAUGAAAGUGUAGAAAUGCUUGUUAAUAAAAAAGUUGAGGUUUGUUUUAAAAUUGGAAAAUAUGAGGAUGUAGUGUUGUGUGAUGUAGUACCAAUGGAAGCUAGUCAUUUGUUAUUAGGUAGGCCUUGGCAAUUUGAUAGAAAAGCCAAUCAUGAUGGGUACUACAAUAAGUACUCUUUUAUGUAUCAUGAUCAAAAGAUCAAUCUUGUACCGUUAAAUCCUAGUGAGGAAUUUAAAGAAUUGUUUCCGAAAGAGGUGCCAGGUGGUUUACCACCUAUAAGAGGAAUUGAACAUCAUAUUGAUCUCAAUCCAGGAGCAUCUUUGCCUAAUAGGCCAGCAUAUAGAAGCAAUCCACAACAAACUUAA